AUGAACCAUAUAGCAUUUGCUUUAGUUUUUAUUUCACUUAUUGUCACAGUUUUUGCCGCUUCAGCAGAAAAUGCUGGAAUUGCUAUCACAAAUCCUGUCAUAAAUAGUACUGUACCUGCUGGCUCUAAUCUUACAAUCGAAUGGACUGUAUUGGAUGCUAAUUCGUCAGAUAUCAAAUUCAUCAGAUUGAUGGAUGGUGAUUCUGUUGCUUUAAACACAGUUAUUCCUAACAUUUUGGAAAACAACAAUACUAUUCUGGUUAACGCUACGCGAUACACUUGGGCUGUACCGUCCAAUCUGACAACCCGCAAUGACUAUGUCAUCGCCAUGUUAGGAGAUGGUCCGUUCGCCACGUAUUCUGGCUAUUUCUCAAUUGUUCAAGAAACUAAUAAUGCAGGUUUCAUUUGUUCAAAAACAAAUAACACAGGGCUAUCAUCAUAA